GUCAGGUACGUGGAAUCAAAGGAGUCUUCUUGGCAAACCAGAAAAUUGAUGGAAGAGUGGCAACUGUAAUAACUUACAACAAAGGACGUGACUGGGAACCCUUGGCCCCACCUACCACUGACAUGAAUGGCAAACCCGUCAGUUGCAAAGCGCCGGACUGUCACCUCCACCUCCACUUGCGCUGGGCAGACAACCCCUAUGUGUCUGGGACUGUCCACACCAAAGACUCUGCUCCAGGUCUUAUUAUGGGUGCUGGUAACCUGGGUUCCAAGCUAGUAGAGUAUAAGGAAGAAAUGUAUAUCUCUUCAGACUGCGGAAAGACGUGGAGACAGGUGUUUGAGGAGGAGCAUCAUAUCCUGUAUCUGGACCACGGUGGUGUCAUCGUUGCCAUCAAAGAUACCUCGAUUCCCCUCAAGAUACUCAAGUUCAGUAUUGAUGAAGGACGGACGUGGAACAUUCACAACUUUACAAGCACCUCUGUGUUCGUCGAUGGACUUCUGAGUGAGCCAGGAGAUGAGACCCUGGUCAUGACGUGA